AUGAAUCGAGAACAGCAAGGACGUCGUGGCAGUGGAAAUAGUCGCCGAAAAAAUACUCGAAAUUUGAAUAGAAAAAAGCAGCAAAAUUCGAAUACAAAUUCAAAUAGAAAUAACAACGACGAAGAACAAGAAAAAGAAAUAAAUUCAUCUGAAACAACGAAUGAAAAAGAUCAAGAAUCGAUUUUAGAACAUUCGGAACAACAAUCCGAUGAAGAACAAGAACAAGAACAAAAUAAUAGUACUAAUACAGUACAAAAUAUUAUUUCUCCAACACGUAUUGAAGAUGAACAAGAACCAAUGAUAUUAGUUAAACAACGUAAUAAAAAUAAAUCUAUAGAUAAAUCAUUUAGUGUGUCAUCAUCAUCAUCAAAAGAUGAAUCUGUUGUUCCAACUAAACCUCAAGCAAGUGUAGCACCUGUUAAACAAACACCUUUAGCACCAUUAAUGAAUAAUUCAUCAAAUAAUUCAAUAUCUUCUCAAAAUCAUCAAGAUCCUAAUCCAAAAGUAAAUGGACAUCUACCAUCAUCAUCCUAUAAUGGUUAUACAUAUUCUGCUUAUAAUUCAUUACCACCAAGAUUUCAACAACAACGACAAAAAGAAGCAGAAUUUGCUGCUCAAAGAUAUCGUAAAAGAAGAGGACCACUACCACCAAAACGAACAACUCUUACACCUGGUUCAGCUGCACGUCCAAACGAUUUCGUACCAACAUCAUUCCAACAACCAUCAGUAUCACCACAACCGCAAUAUACAAAUAAUGAUCAAACAGAAUCAUAUGAUUAUUCUCCACAACUACCACCACCAUCAGCAUCACAACAACAACAACAACAACAACAGCAGCAGCAGCAGCAGCAGCAGCAACAGCAGCAGCAACAACAACAACAACAACAACAACAACAACAACAACAACAACAGCAACAGCUACAACAACAACUACAACAGCAACAACAACAGCAACAACAACAGAUACAACAACUGCAACAACAACAACUUCAGCAGCAACAGCAGUAUCAACAACAACUGCAACUACAAUAUCCGCAACAGCAACAACAAGAACCGAUGCUUAAUAAUGGUUAUUCAUCAGAAUCUGAUAUUGUAAUAGAUUCUCCAUUAUCUGGCAUUAAUAAUUCAAGAAGUCCUCUUUUAUCUACAUCAAUUGGCUCCCAAUCAUCUCUACAAAGACUUGAUUUAAUUCGUUCGUUAGCUACAUCUCAUGGUCUUAUUGAUGAACUUGUUUCUAUAUUUGAUACAAUAUCAUUUUCGUCCGAUGAACUUGAUUUAAUUUUAAGUAAGAUUGCAACAAAACAUAUUUCAGAUAAACAUGAUCUACAACGUUUAUUAUCAUCUACAAAAUCCGAUAAAACACUUGAACGUAUACUUGAUGAAACAUAUCGUAGUCAAGCAAAAAUUCUUGCUAUUGAAUUACAAACAGAAAAAAAUCGUAUUCUUGAAUUAACAAAAUCAAAUUCUGAUAUGGAAAAUACAAUAAGACAAUUACAACAACAACAACCACAAAAUAUGGUGCAAUAUCAACAAAUGAUUUUACCUUAUCAAAUGCAACUACAAAGAUUAGCAGAUGAAAAUACUCGUUUACAGCAUCAAUUACAUGCUUAUUCAAUGUUACCAGCAUCAAUAAAUGAACUUAAACAACAACAACAUAUUCUUACGGAAAAAAUUCGACAAAUGACAAUUAGAAAUAGUGCUUUAGAAAAUGAAGUUGCUGAUAGUGAACGUGCAAGUAAACAUGCAGCAGAAAUUUAUAAAAAAGCCGAUGCUCAAAAACAAGAACGAAUCGAGCAAAUGAUUGCUGAUAUAAAUAAAUAUAAAAAGUUAGAUAAAGAAUUAACAACUCUUCGUCAAAAACAUAAUGAACUUGAUAAAAGCCUAAAUGCUAAAAUUGAUGAUGUUAGUUGUCAACGUGAUGAAUUACAAAUAACAUGUGAUCAAUUAAAAGAAAAAGUUCAAAAUUAUGAACAAUUACAAAAAAAAUAUAAUCAACUUGUUCAAAAUCAAUCGAAUAAACCAGCAAAUGAACUUCAAGAAGAAUUAAAUGAUUUAAAAACUAAAAAUGAUCAAUUACGACAACGUAAUUGGAAAAUAAUGGAGGAAUUAAAUAAAUUAUUAAAUGAACAACAACAAAAUCAAGAUAUUAAAUCAUCUUAA